AUGGAGGAAACGUCAACACAACGAGUAGGUGAAAGUAAUUUUGAUCAUAGUGGGACGGUAGAGAAUGAUAUUGGUGAACCUAUUGUUGGAAAGAACAGCCUUAGCACCUCAGCUACGAGAAGUGUUUAUUUAAUAACUUAUAGCCAGGCAGAGUUGCAGAAAUUUACAUGUUGAGCGGACUUCGCCAGAGCAGUUGUGGAAAGCUUUAUUCAAGGAAACUGCAAUGUGAGCCAUUGGUGUUGCAGUUUAGAGGAGCACACCUCAGGGGGUAAACAUUAUCACAUGUCCUUGAAGCUUAACAAAGUGCAGCGUUGGUUAGCAUCUAAGAGAUUUCUCGCACAAACCUACGGUAUUUCAGUUCAUUAUUCCAACGUCCAUCACAACUACUUUAGCGCUUGGCAAUAUGUAACGAAAAGUGACACACAAUAUGAAGAAAGCAUUGGUCAUCCUGAUUUACGGAAUGCGAAGAGUCCAAGAAUGAGCGAAGCGAACACAAAGAAGAGCAAUGAUGCCACAAAGAGAAAACGUAAAAACUAUACCAAGACGAAGGGUGGUCCAGAGAAAGUUACAAAGCGGUCAAAGUCUGGGAAAAAAAGCGUCUCACACCUUUACUUGUGUCAGAACUUAUUCUGGACAAAAAUAUAAUGAGCGUCACUAGGGUUGGGCGAUAUUUCGAUAUUUUGAUUUAUCGCGAUAUUUUCAAUCGCGAUUAUCGUAUCGAAGGUAGAAACUUGAGCGACGAUAUAUCGAAAUUAUCGUCAUGCUCGUUGACUAUCGUGAUAUUGCUUCUAUGUAGUAUAUAGCUUUUAUAAAAAUCCUAAAAAAUUCCUUCAAUUUCUAGAAAACAUAUUUUUUAAAAGAAUUAAAACUAUUUCCUGAAUUAAAUACGAAUUUAAUACGGCCAUUCGGCCUUGGAAAUUAGUAAGCCGCUGAACAAUGAAAUUGCAGGCUUUGCUUGCGCUGUGUGCCCACGGCAUUUGCGCCUGCGGAGACACAGUAGACACUACAUAGACAGUUCGGUUUAUGGACAGUAAAUAUUAGACUAGAAAAAGCGUUCAUAUUAAAUUAUUUUAAUUUGUUGUUUUACUUAGCUUGAUUUUAAUAAGAUUAUUUUUAAGCUUAUUGGUCAUUGUUUUUAUCGCGAUAUUAUCGAAUAUCGUGAUAAUUUCCUCGACAAUAAUCGUGAGAUGAUUUUUUUAAUAUCGCCCAACCCUAAGCGUCACCGAGCUUCACGCCUUAGCACAAGACUAAAGGGACCAAGGAAAAAUUGAUCUUGUUGAAUUUAUUUUAAACAGUCCCCCAAAAAACUUUCCGAAUUGAUUCAAACAACUUGGGAGAUGAAAGGAGCAAAGGAAAAGAUUACUCAUUCCAGAAAAACUCGAAUGCAAAUACUGAAUGAAGCAGUCGAAUCUGACUGUACAACAGCGUGUAACGGGGCAUGGCUACAGUGUGCUACUGAGUUAUUAAAUAAAAACGGCGUGGAUAUUGAAAUGUUUGCGCAAUUGGUAAAGGAAUGCCUAACCAAAGGCAGCGGAAAACACCGCAACGUCAUGAUUGUGGGUCCAGCCAACUGUGGCAAGACGUUUAUACUCAAAAGCCUGACCCAACUAUACGCAACGUUCAGUAACCCUGCCUCUGGAAGCUUUGCUUGGAUUGGAAUUCAAGAUGUGGAAUGUAUAUUUCUAAACGAUUUCAGAUGGAACCCUCAGCUAAUACCUUGGCAUGACCUGCUUCUUAUGUUGGAAGGAGAAGUUGUCCAUCUCCAUGCACCGAAAACACAUUUUACAGAAGAUAUUGAGUUUGUCAAAGACACACCUAUCUUUUGCACAAGCAAGCGGCCAUUAAUUUAUAUUAAGAACGGUGUAGUCGACGAUCGUGAAACGGAGAUGAUGGCUGUUAGAUGGAGAGUUUUAUAUUUCAACUACCAGAUUCCCCAAGAAAAGCAGUUAAACAUACCACCUUGCAAAAAAGGCUUUGCGCAGUUACUAUUGAUUUAA